UAUCUGUCAGCUCAAUUGGAAUGUAGCGAGUAUAACGAGUUGUACCAGCUAUAGUAUUAAUCUAAGUAAUCUAGUAGUAAUUGACAAUGGGUAAUAAAUUUGAAGCGCUCUUGAGUAAAUCAAAUUCAACUUCGCCAACUUCAACUUUCCGUAGUACUUCUUCACAAGCUUUACAAGGGCAGAGUAGUUCUAGUUCUUCCGAUAUUAACGGAGAAUACGCCACUAUAAUUGAGGGCUUAAAAAAAAUAUAUAAUAAUAAAAUCAAACCAUUAGAAACCACUUAUAAUUUUGAAAGUUUUCAUUCGCAACCUUUAACUGAUAGCGAUAUUGAAGCCAAGCCAAUUGUUCUUUUGAUGGGACAAUAUUCAACAGGAAAAACUACAUUCAUUAAAUAUUUAUUAGGAAAAGAAUAUCCUGAAAGUCAUAUUGGCGUAGAACCAACAACGGAUCGUUUUGUAGCCGUUAUGAAUAGCGUUGAAGAUCGAGUUAUUCCAGGUAAUGCUGCAGCUGUAAAUGCUCAAUUACCAUUUCGAGGACUAAAUAAAUUUGGACAAGCAUUUUUGUCCAAGUUUCAGGUUUCACAACUUCCUUCACCUGAGUUGGAAAAUAUGACUAUCAUUGAUACCCCCGGAAUCCUUGCUGGCGAUAAACAACGAAUAGAUCGUGGUUAUGAUUUUACAUCUGUAAUUGAAUACUUUGCAGAGCGAGCGGAUUUGAUAUUGUUACUAUUUGACGCACAUAAAUUAGAUAUUUCGAAUGAAUUUAAAAUGGCGAUUCAUUCAUUAAAAGGACAAGCAGAGAAGGUUAAAGUUUUGCUAAAUAAAGCAGAUAUGGUAGAUGAACAACAAUUAAUGCGGGUAUACGGGGCGCUUAUGUGGUCAUUAGGUAAAGUUGUUCAAACACCCGAAGUAAUGCGAGUGUAUCUGUGUUCAUUUUGGUCCGAAAAGCCUCCAAAUGUAUUCGAGGACUGUCGAACUUUAAUUGAAGCUGAGCAAAAUGAUUUACUCAAAAGUAUGCGAGAACUACCCCGUAAUGCAAUUAUUAGAAAGAUAAACGAAAUCGUUAAAAGAGCCAGAUUAGCAAAGGUGCAUGCUUAUAUUAUUGGGCAUUUAAAAAAAGAAAUGCCAGCAAUGUUUCGUAAACAAUCCAAACAGAAUGAACUUAUUAAUAGAUUAGAUAAAGAAUUUAUAACAAUAAUGCAGCGUCAUCAAUUAGCGCCAGGAGAUUUUCCAAACGUGGAAAGAUUUAAACAAGGUUUAAGACUCCACAAAUUUGAAAAUUUUCAUAGUCUUAAGCCAAAUAUAUUGGAAAGAGCAGAAGAUGCGCUUGCUAAUGACCUGCCAAAAUUAAUGGCUAAAUUUCCUCAAGGAAAUAGAGCAUUAUUACCUGGCGAGCGCAAUCCUUUUGAAGGUUCUGAACCAAGUUAUCUUGAUUCAGAGCUUCCUCCCAGUUAUUGGGAAUUUUCUUCAGUUGAUAAAGCUUCCGUUAUGCCGCAAUUCAAUUCUUUGCAUCCUGUUGACGGAAAAGUUUCCGGUGCUUCUGUCAGACCUGUUUUGAUGGAAACAGGUUUAUCAAAUGAUAUACUUAAAAAAGUUUGGAAUUUGGCUGAUUGGGAUAAUGAUGGAUAUAUGGAUGCAGAUCAAUUUGCUGUAGCUAUGCAUCUUUGUAAAGGUGUUUUAUCUGGUGGUGAAUUACCAGACGAAUUACCAAAAUCAAUGGUUCCUAAUAGGAAGGUUUAAAUAUUCAAAAAAUUAAAAUUAGAAUAAUUAGAAUAAUUUAAGAUAAACUAGUAAUCAACUACUAUUUCAAUAGAUUAUCCUUUAAUUGACUUUAGGUUAUAAAUUCAUCUUUAUUUUUAUUCCAUAUUUCUUAUAUCAUAUUACAGUCAGACCUCCAUAAUUGCACACCCCUUGGGACCAUAUGCAUAAUUUUCAAAAUAGUGCAUUUAAAGAGUGUGUGCAUUUAUAGAGGUAAAAUAAUUAGAGAUCAUAUAAGCUUGGGACCGAACCAGAGGGUGUAUUUAGAGAGGGUAUACAUAGUGGUGCAAUUAUGGAGAGUGCAAUUAUAGAGGUCUGACUGUACUCAUUUUUUAUUUAAUCACUUUUAUGUUUUUUACAAACCCAAAAACUUAAUUUUGUUUAAAAUAAAAAAAAUAAAUAUUUUUUGAAUUUUUUAUUACAAGUAUUAAAAAUUUUUUAUAUGAUACUUAAAAAUAAUUGCAAAAUUUAGUUA